AUGAUUUUCAAUGUGAUCGUGGUCGAGCCGCAGUACACCCAUCACUUCGACGUAUCUGUUCAUCCAGUCCGAGCGCUGCCCGGAGCGUUCAGCACACUGGCCGCCACUCCACAGCACAUAAAUGACCAGCAAGUGAUUAUCCUUGCUGCAACCUCCGCUGACACAAAAAACCAAAUUGCCCUUAUAAACCUCCAGCCAGAUGCAGAGAAUUAUCCUGGAUGCCAAGUACAUGCCACGCUGAUGGAACUGGGUGUGAAACCUGAGGAUGCGAUCACGUCUGUUCACUGGAUCAGUCCUCCUGAAGAAGCACGACUAAGCACCACCGACGAAGACAGUAGUCACGAUCCUGCUUCUGUUCCGCCACCGUCUCUGCUGCCCUGUAUGGAUGGAGUCAGUCAAGAUAUCCCCUACAGAAGAAUGAUUCUAUGCGUGGGGACGGACAGAGGCAGCAUUCUGUUCCUCGAGUGUAUCCACGUUCCAGACAAAACAGACAGUAAACAACAGAGGCUGCGCGUUCGCCUCGUGUACGACCUGGACGGCAACAGAGGCCCAGUGAGGAUUCAGGAAGUCCCUUCAGAAGUUGUAAUGGGGCGGCCUAUCUUCGCCAGCUGUUGCAAUGAUACAAUGUGUCACCUCUGGGAACUGCAAGAAGCGAAGGCACCGACCACUGCCGAUGUUGCAGCCGCUCAUGCGUCCCAGCGAUGCGCUUACCUGGAAAUGCUGCGGCACCGCUGUAUGCCGGACGGUAGUUGGCCGAGCUGGGACCUCCCAUUUUCCUACUUAGCAGAUCCUGGUUGGCCAGUAGAACCGAGAAUUGGCGCACCUGACUACGAGCACCCGCCUUACCCUCCGUUGCACACCCGAAAUGUGACUGAAGGCCCGCCUCCUUUCAGUCACAACAGACACGAAGGAAAAACUGACUGUAUGCACCGGAGUCUCAAACAAACUCGUCGUGACCAGCGGGGAGCUACCUCAGGGCGGAACGACCAAAACACGCGUGAUGCGUGUGACUGGUUAUACUGCGAGCCCCCCUCUCUUAGCAGAGAACAGGAAACAGACGAUGAUCAACCAGUGCGUAGCGCCUUGCAGACGGAGCGGGGGCCUCGGCAUGGACGUCAUACUGGCGGCGUUGUAAAGAGUAGAGAAGCGCCAGAUACCGCCAAGCAGGAAGCUGCGCCCGAAGCAGACAUACAGAAAACGGAGAAGGAGGAUUCCACGCACAAGGAAGAAGGCUUCACGUUGCCGCAGCCAGUACCGCAAAAAGGUAAUCGGAAUCUCCGUAGAGGCGGCACGCGUCCUGUGGCAGUAGCGGAAUCCGAAAAGGAAACAGUUGCUUCAUCUACAACUAGUUCGACCACGACGACCGCUGCGCCAGUGGAGACGCCGGGGGGGAAGUGGGUGAAGUACCUUUUAGUGCCGCCUGGCACGGCAGUUCCACCUACUGUUCCAUAUCCACCGACAAUAGAUGACACUGCGCCUCGCCGAAGCGAGCCACGGGAGCCCGCAAAAGAAGCUCAGAGAGACGAGGCUGAUGCCUUGCCCUCAAAGGAAGGUGGCACCUUGCCGCAGCAAGAGUUACCCGGAGAAGUUCCAGCAACCAAGGAAGGCGUCGAAUCACCCGGCGCUCAACCUUUCCCUGCAAGUCGUCCUCCAAGGAUUGCCGUCGCACUUGGUCUUCGCCGAUACCCUUCAGGACGAAGGUACCAGUUUGGUACAGGGGCGCUUCAUCUGCCACCCCUCCCUGGAGGUUUGGAGAUACACUCCGGCGGCGGGGACUUUGCGGAGGGGAAUCCAAAGUCACUGGACUCCAUCGACACCAGACGGGAAGUAUCGACGCUGCCGGUGGACGGGGGGCAUAGCCAUCAGGAGAAUCCAAAACCUAGAAGGCUUCUACAGCAGGUGCCUGUUGGGGGUACCGAAGCCAUGCCUCCCGACGAAGGUACGCAUCAUGGUGGCUCAGCACCUCAACAGAGCGAUCAGGAGGGACGCGUAAGUCGGAACAAGAUGUUGGAUGCUGGAGAGCCGGCAGGAGUUCCUGAAGGGGAACAACAACCCGAGAGCUGUGGAAUCAGUGGAAGGCAGUGCCGCCCUGCCUCUCCUGCUGUUGGAGUGGACAGACAACAUGACGAAGAGCAGGCUCAUGAGGGCCGUAUCGCAGCAGGUCCGUGGCGGUUUUUUAUUGCGGAGGACGACUAA